AUGUUACCAGAUGUCGUAAUGGCCCCCCUUGCCGGAGCCUUUGGUGGGCUUUUGGCAUCUGGUAUCUUAAAUGUAAAAGGUUUUGGUGGCAUACCCGACGGUUCGUGGCGACUCAUCUUCAUUAUCGAAGGAGUAAUCACUGUUUCAAUCGGGUUUAUCUCUCUAUUUGUCCUCACAGAUCGACCAGAGACGGCUCGGUGGCUAUCUCAAGAGGAAAAGGACCUUGCAGUGGCCCGGGUCAAAUCCGAGCGCAUCGCCGUCACGCAGACGCUUGAUACGCCGGACGCCAAGAAGCUUUGGAGCGGUCUUUCCAACCCCGUCACUCUCAUCACGGGCCUGAUCUUUCUUCUCGAGACCAUUACAGUACAAGGCCUCGCGUUCUUCGCGCCCACGAUUAUCAAGUCGAUAUACCCGCACGCCACCGUCACACAGCAGCAGUUGUAUACGGUACCACCGUACGCCGCCGGCGCCGUCUGUCUUGUUGCUGUGUGCCUCCUUAGCUGGAGAGUGGACAAGCGGCACAUAUUUCUUAUCGUGUGUGCGCCUCCAGUCAUGAUUGGCUAUAUCAUGUUCCUGGCGACUGGUGACGCGACGACCCGCUAUGCCGCCCUCUUCAUUAUUGCGUCGACUGCAUUUACGCCCGGUGCCUUGACGCACGCGCAGGUGAGUGCGAAUGUCGUGAGCGAUUCUGCGCGGAGCAUGUCUGUCGCGACGAAUAUGUUAUUUGCCAACUUUGGAAGCUUGAUUGCAACGUGGUCAUUUGUCGCCUCGGACGCCCCCGAUUAUCACAUAGGAAAUGGUCUCAACUUUGCUACUUCAAGUGCCUGGCUGGUUGCGAGCGUGGUCCUCCAUUUUUGGAUGAGGCGGGACAACAAAAAGAAGGACACCAAGGACGUUGAAGCGGAACUACGAAGCUUGAGUCAGAAGCAGAUCGAGGAUCUGGACUGGAAACACCCAGCAUUUAGAUGGAAACCUUGA